UUGUUGGAGCAAUAGCAUUGAAGGGAUAAAUGAAUUCCCCUUCUGAUGAAUUUCCAGGGUGAUUUCCAGUAAAAGAUUGCAGCAGUACCUCAAUCUUGCAUUUGUUUCUUUUGGAAAAUAUUCUAGUUUCUUUCUUUCCAAACAAAGUAAAUUCUACCAACUAAGACAAUUUUGUAUUCAGGCAAGAAGCAGUAGAAAUGCAGCAAAUAGAGCUAAGUUGACGAUGCUUCAUCAUAUUGGUAGCAAGCCUAUUCGAGAGAUUAUUUAUCAAAAGGGAGGGAAAGAUGGCAAUCCACCAGAUUUGGCAACCAUUUUCUUUGAGACUCGUAAGAAAGAUAACAAGCUUGUUGAACCUGAAGCAAUUGAAAAACAUGCUCAACUCCAAGAAAUUGUUCAAGCAGAUCCAUCUCUACCUAGCAUAGAGAUUGUUGAAAAAUGUUGUGGACCUCAAACUCGUAGCCAUGUAUUUGGAUUUGGGGGUGGAGUAAAGGCGAACGAUUUAAAAGGUGGAGCCUCUUCAAAGGCUGAACUAUUUUCUGCUCUAUGUUCAUCUCGAGAGGAUAACAAAUCGAACUAUUUUCUGCUCUAUAUUCAUCUCGAGAGGAUAACAAAUCCUUGA